GAACAAUCAGCAGUCCUUUCAGUUUCAAAUGGCCAAAAGGCAGUAAAGGUUUUCUCAAUGAUAAAUUUCAUAUCCAAAAUUAAGUGUAAUUAACAAACCAACCCAUUCUGGCUCUCUAAAUACCCACAUCAAACCUUCUCUUUUCCUCUCAAGCUAGCUACCUUUGUCUCCAAAGAUGAGUGGUGGAAAUAAUGGAAGUGGUGGGCCUUGUGGCGCCUGCAAGUUUCUGAGGAGAAAGUGCGUGAAAGGGUGCAUAUUUGCACCGUAUUUUGAUUCGGACCAAGGAACGUCUCAUUUUGCAGCGGUGCAUAAGGUUUUUGGUGCCAGUAAUGCUUCCAAGCUGCUCAUGAGGAUACCGGCACACAAGCGUCUUGAUGCUGUGGUCACGCUUUGUUAUGAGGCUUUGGCUAGGGUUAGAGACCCUGUUUAUGGCUGUGUCGCGCACAUCUUUGCCCUCCAACAGCAGGUAGUGAAUUUACAGGCGGAGUUAGCCUACAUCCAGGCCCGGCUUUCUACAUUCCAACGCCUCACACAGCUGCCACAAUGCCCUUCGCCGGCCAAUCUUCAUUCCCCAUCGGAAAUAGCUUCCAACAUAACGUUGCAAUUUGAUCCACUACAACAUCCUUCAACGGACCUGACAAGUUUCUGCAGCCCUCUGGAUCAAGAACUCCUACACAACGAACUCCAAGCUUAUUCCCGGGAGUUUGUCGCCAGAUAUCUACCUGGAGUCAGAUUCCGGCCUUCCAGUUCUGACUAAAAUCUUUAAUCGUCAUUAACCUGGUUAAUUAUGUAGUAUUAUUAUUAAUUAUGAAAUUUAACGAAAAUUGCACUUCCUUAAUGUAGGCCUUUUCUAGUUGUAAGUGCAGGUUUCAUCUUCUGCACCAAGGUCCACGCUUUCUGAAAACAUUUUCAAUUUUUAUCGUGUGAUGAAAUAUUUUUAUUCUGAUGAUAACAUACGGUCAACUAGAGACAACUAUAUAUUAUAAAAAUAUUGGACUGAA